AGGGUUUUCUAUCUGUUCUUCGGUGGUGGUGGUGCUUCGAGUACUGUAAACAAGAUGGCAAGUGUAGGGAGGAUGAAAUUGGGGUCGCAAGGCCUGGAAGUGUCAGCACAGGGGCUUGGCUGCAUGGGCAUGUCGGCCUUUUAUGGGUCUCCAAAGCCUGAGGAGGAUAUGAUCGCUCUCAUCCAUCAUGCCAUUAACACUGGUGUCACAUUCCUUGACACUUCUGAUGUUUAUGGACCUCACACCAAUGAAAUCCUUCUCGGAAAGGCUCUGAAGGGAACUAGAGAGAAGGUAGAAUUGGCCACUAAGUUUGGUGCCAUAUUUACGGAGGGGAAGUUGGAAACCAGAGGAGAUCCAGCAUAUGUGAGGGCGGCCUGUGAGGCUAGCUUGAAGAGGCUACAGGUUGAUUGCAUCGAUCUUUAUUAUCAACACCGGAUUGAUACCCAAGUUCCCAUUGAAAUCACGAUGGGAGAGCUCAAAAAACUAGUGGAAGAGGGAAAGAUUAAGUACAUCGGACUAUCUGAGGCUUCUGCUUCCACAAUUAGGAGAGCUCAUGCUGUCCACCCAAUAACAGCAGUGCAAUUGGAAUGGUCCCUAUGGACAAGAGAUUCCGAGGAAGAAAUAAUUCCUACUUGUAGGGAACUUGGAAUUGGUAUUGUGGCAUAUAGCCCUCUUGGAAGAGGCUUCCUCUCUUCUGGGCCCAAAUUUGUUGAAAGUCUUCCUAUGAAUGACUCCCGAAAGAUUCUUCCAAGGUUCCAUCCUGAGAAUGUUGAACAUAACAAACGUAUAUUCGAGCAAGUAAAUGAAAUGGCUACAAAGAAGGGAUGCAGUCCUGGUCAGCUUGCAUUGGCAUGGGUUCACCAUCAAGGAAGUGAUGUUUGUCCCAUACCAGGCACCACCAAAAUUGAAAACCUGAGCCAGAACAUCGGUGCUUUAUCUGUGAAAUUAAUGCCUGAAGAAAUGGCUCAACUUGAAUCCUUGGUUUUGGGUGUUAAAGGUGAGAGAUAUCCAUCCACUGCAAGUACUUGGAAGGAUUCAGACACCCCUCAUCCAUCAACUUGGAAAGAAUAAUUUGCUAUUCCCUUGUGUGCUCAUUUAAACUUCAAUUGAUUCUAACAGAAAAUGUUCCCAUGAAGCUUAGAAAACUCUUACAAUGUAAUGCCACUUUCUUUUUGAAUUCUCAGGGUUUCCCAUGUAAUGAAGUAAGGUUGAUCUCCUUUUUAGUUUUGUGAUAAAUUAAAAGUAUCUCUUUUGAUGUUUAAGAUGCAAAUCAGGUAUAUCAUACUUAUACAAG